AUUUGUAUUGUGUGUGUUAGCGCCACUGUCCCACUUACCAGUUUCUUUCUAUGAUAUAAUAAUAGUAAAGACGAUCUCUUUUAUUUUUUUCUAGUCUCCAAAGCUGGAUGUGAGAUAUUAAUAUUGAUACUAGAGACAGUGUAUUAAGUUUCAGUGGAAAAAAUUAAACCAAGAAUUUGACCGAAAAUGGGAGCUGAUUUCAUAGUACUGCGGAAUCUGUUUCUCUUCUCUACCACUUUAUUUUGCAUAUUUGCAAGUUUUGGAUUGGCAGCCUCAGCUAAACUUCACAUCCAAGAAGUGAAGGUUCUGAACGAAAUAGGAAGAAAGCUAGGGGAGAAAGAUUGGAAUUUUGGGAAAGAUCCGUGUAGUGAAGAAGGAAGCUCGAAACCAAUAACUGGUGGGAAAGGGAGCUCAGUGAUCUGUGACUGCACUUUCAAUAACAAUUCCACUUGCCACAUCGUAAGCAUUGCUUUGAAGGGAAUGAAUCUAUCAGCUCCUGUUCCAGCAGAGUUCUCCAAGUUUUCUCAUCUUAAAUCAUUGGAUUUGAGUCGAAACUACUUGAAUGGAUCUGUUCCUCGAGCAUGGUCUUCUAUGCGCUUGACUGACCUUUCUUUUAUGGGGAACAGAUUGUCUGGUCCAUUUCCAAAAGUUCUAACCAAUAUUACCACCCUCUUGAACCUGAGCAUUGAGGGGAACCUAUUUUCUGGAUCUAUUCCUCGAGAAAUUGGAAAUUUGGUCAAUCUGCAGAAACUUGUUGUAUCUUCAAAUGGUUUCACUGGAGUAUUGCCAGUGGAAUUGGCCAAGUUGAUCAACCUAACUGAUGUGAGGUUUUGUGACAAUAAUUUCUCAGGCCGAAUACCUGAUUUUAUUGGAAAGUGGACGAAGAUUGAAAAACUGCAUAUACAGGGUUCCUCCCUUGAGGGGCCUAUUCCUCCUAGCAUAUCUGCCUUGGCAAGACUGACGGAUCUGAGGAUAAGUGACUUAAAACACAAAGGGUCACCUUUUCCACCAUUGAUUAAAAUGGAGUCUAUGAGAACACUGACACUGAGGAAGUGCUUACUUCAUGGUAAUCUCCCUGACUAUAUUGGACAAAUGACAAAAUUGAAGAGCCUCGACCUCACCUAUAAUGAGUUGACUGGGGAAAUUCCUGCCUCUUUUGGGCAGCUGUCAAAAGCAGAUUCCAUAUUUUUGACAGGGAACAAGCUUACUGGAAAAUUACCAGGCUGGGUGCUUGGAAGAAAUGACAAUGUGGAUAUCUCUUACAAUAAUUUGACUUGGGAUAACUCAAGUCCUACAGAAUGUCCCCGAGGAAGUGUAAACCUUGUAGAAAGCUACUCCUCUUCAGCUGAUAAACUAAAAAUCCAUCCAUGCCUAAAACAAAAUUUUCCAUGUUCUUCGGGAAAUCAUGAUCGAUAUUCUUUGCACAUUAAUUGUGGCGGAAAGGAGGUAAACAUCAAUGGGCAGCUUUUUGAGGCUGAUAGAGAACAAAGAGGUGCUGCAAUGUAUUAUUCGGGCCAGGACUGGGCAUUGAGCAGCACAGGGUACUUCGUGGACAAUGACAUGGAUGAUGAUAUCUAUACUCUGACCAAUACUUCUGCUCUUAACGUCUCAAGGCCCAUUUCCGAGUUAUAUACAACAGCACGUGUCUCUCCUCUCUCUGUCACCUACUAUGGGCUCUGUCUCAUGAAUGGAAACUACACUGUAAGGCUUCACUUUGCUGAGAUCAUAUUCACUAAUGACAGGUCAUUGUUGAGUCUUGGAAAGCGCAUUUUUGAUGUCUAUAUCCAGGAAAAGUUGGUCCUGAAAGAUUUCAAUAUAAAAGAGGCAGCUGGUGAUGUUGGUAAACCCAUUGUGAAGAAUUUUACAGUAUCUGUCACAAGUAAUACACUAAAGAUUCACUUUUACUGGGCUGGGAAAGGGACAACAGGAAUCCCAGAGAGAGGGUUCUAUGGUCCUCUGAUUUCAGCCAUUUCAGUAGAUCCUAACUUCAAACCACCUUCACCUUCAGCUAUAGGUAAAAAGAUUAAUGUCCUGUCAAUUGGGGGGAUAUUGGUUACUUCCCUAUUUCUUGGCCUGCUAAUCUUAGUCAUUCUGAGGAGGAAGGGCUGCCUGGGAGGAAAAGCUUCCACAGACAAAGAAUUCAGAGAUAUGGAUAUGCAAACUGGGAUAUUCACUUUGAGACAGAUAAAGACUGCAACAACAAACUUUGAUGCUGCAAACAAACUUGGGGAGGGAGGUUUUGGUGCAGUGUACAAGGGUCAAUUAUCAGAUGGCACCAUAAUUGCAGUAAAGCAGCUCUCAUCAAAAUCAAAGCAAGGAAAUCGUGAAUUUGUGAAUGAGAUAGGGAUGAUUUCCGCCCUGCAACAUCCAAAUCUUGUAAAGCUACACGGCUGUUGUGUUGAAGGGAACCAGUUGAUUCUGAUUUAUGAGUACAUGGAAAACAAUUGUCUAUCCCGAGCACUUUUUGGGAAGAACCCAUCUCAUAGACUGAGAUUAGACUGGCCUACCAGGAAGAAAAUUUGCAUGGGUAUUGCUAGAGGUUUGGUCUAUCUCCAUGAAGAGUCCGCGAUAAAAAUUGUGCAUAGGGACAUCAAGACAAGCAAUGUGUUACUCGACAAGGACUUCAAUGCUAAAAUUUCUGAUUUUGGCUUGGCAAAGCUCAAUGAAGGAGACAACACCCACAUCAGCACUCGGAUUGCCGGGACUAUUGGUUAUAUGGCUCCGGAGUAUGCAAUGCGUGGCUACUUGACUGACAAAGCUGAUGUUUAUAGUUUUGGAGUUGUGGCAUUGGAGAUAGUCAGUGGAAAGAGCAACUCGAAUUACCGGCCAGACGACUUCGUUUACCUUCUUGACUGGGCUUAUGUUUUGCAAGAGAGAGGGAAUCUAUUGGAGUUGGUUGAUCCAUCUUUGGGAUCAGAAUUCUCUUCAGAGGAGGCAAUUUUAAUGCUUAAUGUUGCUCUCUUGUGCACCAAUGCUUCCCCAACACUUCGGCCAACAAUGUCGCAAGUAGUAAGCAUUCUCGAAGGCCGAACUGCGGUGCAAGAACUACUGUCUGAUCCUGGGUUUUCUUCCACUAAUUCCAAGCACAGAAGCUCUAGGAAUCACUUCUGGCAGAACCCAAGUCCUACCCUAAGCAUGUCAACUUAUGGCCCUUGUAGUGAUAGUUCUAGCUCUAUAUACAUUGAAACUGAAGACAACAGUCAGCUAUUAAGAAAUGAAACUGAAGAAAACAGCCAGCUAAUAAGUGUUGGUUCUCAAAAUUAAAGUUGUACAUAUGUAGUAGGUGAAAGCAAUGCAACUUGAAUGCAGGUUGCUUAGUUUAAUUUAGAAAAUAUAUUAAUAUAUAUUUUAAUUAUUAUAUAAAUUUAAAUAAAUAAAUAAUGUCAUAUAUUAUAAAAGAAUAAAAGAAUGACAAAAUGAAUUUUAAACCAAAAA